AAAUACUUUGCAAAUGUAAACCAAUUGUGACGUUUACUGACCCCCCCUUCCCCUCCUUAGUGGAGCCUUCCCUCCUCCUCCCUUUUUAUCCCAGAAUGCAUUGCGCUGGCUCGCCUUAAUCAUGGACCAAAGCGACAAUGAUCUUCAAGGAAGCGACGGCUCUGGGAGUCUUGGUGGUCCAGAUGUUCGCAGGCGCAUCCCAAUCAAACUCAUAUCCAAGCAGCCCUUAAGGAUCAAACCCCCGCCCCGUGUCCAGAGACCCGGCAACAGGCCCCUCAAAAGCGAUUCUGUGGUUGAUGAUAACUUUGGCUUUAAGCCAGACGCCAGGUUUGAUUGUGGGGCUAAAGCUGGAGAUGUGUCUGUUGUCCAGAGGAGAUACCCACAGCCACUCUUCUGGGAUUAUAAGUUGAAUUUAAUCGGAGAACGAGAUGAAGUCCCAAUUCACUUCUGUGACAAAUGUGGGCUCCCUAUCCACCUGUACGGCCGGAUGAUUCCCUGCAAACAUGUCUUCUGCUACGAGUGUGCUUUGCUGCAUGAGAAGAAAGGAGACAAGAUGUGUCCCGGUCUGACCAUGUACAGCUGCACGGACGCAGUGCAGCGCAUCGAGCAGUGCCAGCGUGGUUCUCUCUACAUGUGCAGCAUCGUGUCAGGAUGCAAGCGCACUUACCUGUCUCAGCGGGACCUGCAGGCCCACGUCAACCAUCGGCACCUGAGGGCCGCCAAGUCGUCCUCCGGCCGCCAGGACCCCAUGCACAUGCCCCCCUCUUCCGACAUCCCCGAGAGGUUCCGAGUUCCUCCACCGCAUAUGACCAAAAACCAUGUCCACCUCCCCAACCCGCUGCAGCACGGCGGCCACGACCCUUAUGGUCAGCCGCCGCCUCCUCACGACGGCCCUCCUCCCGCCCACGGCCCCGAGACUUACCGCAUUGCCACGGUGACCACACGCAAACACAGCAAUCUCAUCACCGUGCCCAUCCAGGACGAUUCCAGGGAGCCGAUGCCGGGCCCGGGUCAACCCCCACAUCACCGGCCGGGUGACUAUCCUGGCCAGCCGCCUGUUGUGUCCCACGCUCACCACAUGAUGGCGCCACCCCAGCAGCACUUUGGUCCCCCUCCUCCACCACCACCCAUUAGCCACCCCAUGCAGCACCCUCCCCAGCACCCUCCCCAGGUGUACAACCAGGCCCCACCUCCUUCCAUGUCUACAGCCCCACCUCCGAUCACCCCACCACCCGGGCACAUCAUGGGUCAGAUGCCCCCAUACAUGAACCACCCUCCCCCAGGACCUCCACCGCAACACAGCGGACCCCCAGUAAACGCCCCCCCGCCUCAUCACUACAAUCCCAACUCCAUGCAGCAGUUCCCCGAAGACCAGGGCACUCUGAGCCCACCUUUCAACCAACCCGGGGGUCUCAGUCCUGGAAUGUGGCCCGCACCAAGAGGGCCGCCGCCGCCUCGGAUGCAGGGGCCACCUCCCGGGCCCGGACCACACCACCCAGAUCAAGGGCGCUACCGACCUUACUAUCAAUAACGUGAUGGAUGGUGUUCAUACCACUCGUAUUAAGAAAUGUGAUGCUAGACCUCAGGGUUACAGGAUGUAGGACUUUUAUUCUGGUCAAACUGCCACGAGAGUGCGCUGCAUUUGAGUUACUUGAAAAGAGCAGGAACAUCCCCAGAUCCCUUUUAAAAAAAUAAUUGCUUACCGUGCAUUUUCUGUAUGCCAUCUGAUCUUGGUACUUAACUUUGAAAGGUGUUUAGCAUUAACAAUUCAUCAUCGAUAGAAAUGCCAAUGACUUAUUUUUCAAAGAAAAUAAGCAUUCCAAGAAAACUGAGAUUACUGUUGAUAUCCAAGCUUGUGUUGCAGAGAUUUUUGUCAGAUUUGAUUUUAAGUGAAUUUCAGGAAUAAACUCGUGGUUGGCAACUAAAA